GUCGUCAUGAAAGAAGUGUUAUUUUAAGUAAAUUGGUGAGUAAGGAAGUAUAAGGAUCAGAGUAGCGCAGCAGAUGAUGGUGAGCAUGUUAUUGUCAGUAAUAGGUAUGCAUAAAGAGCUUUCAAAAUUCUGGAUUGGUGGUUUGUGAGGGACGAGUUCUUUGAAAUAGUAUUGGUGUUGUUAUAUGAGCAUGAGUUAGGAGUGUUUGGUCAUCUUCAAGAGUCAGAAGUGAGUUUAGGUGUGAAAGAAACAUGUAUCAGGCAGGGAAGUUAAGUGAGCCUUCGGUUGCAAGCUACAGGGUCAACUUUAAAGUGAGAAAGUAUUAAUGGCUUUGGAAUCGGAAGAGUGGGUCAAUGGGCGAAGGAGACUAUUCGAGCUGUGGUUUUGAGUUAUAAUGGCAAUCUAGAGGUAAAGUUAUGUUAACAGAUGGUUUGAACAAAGAGAAACUUACCUUGACUAGUUUCGAUAGCCUUAAUUUUCGAGGACGAAAAUUUUUGUUGUUGGGGAGAAUGUAAGACCCGUAAAUUUUGGGAAUGGUGGGGACAUGGUGGGCACCAUAUUUUUCAUUUAUUGGGCUGCACACAUCAAAGUGGAGGGUCCUCCUUUUGUUGGCUAUGAUUGAAGGAAGUGUUGAAAGAAGUGGAUGGAAGGAGCACAUCAUACAACUCUCGGCAUCCAGCAGAUGGAGAAAUCACAUUUCAAUUAUUUCUCUUAAGUGGAGACAACAUAAUGAAGAGAAGGGACCACCACCCCACUUGGAGAAGCACCUCACGGUUUUUCUCUCUAGCUGCACCGAAGUGUCUUCUCUUCCUUUCUAUUGAUGAGCUUCAAGUAAAGACACCAAGGCAACCAUGAGAGACCAACAAGCAUACGUAGCUGCCACAAAAGAAGUCCAGCCAUUACAACCAUGGAAGAAAAAGGGAGAGAGUUGCUGGAAAAAUCUGGAAGAGUUGCUGCAAGAUCUGGGAGAGGUGAAACGGAGAGCGUCCGGAGCUGCAGCUACAAACCUUGGGAAGGUUGAUUCAAGAGGGGUGUUGGAUGCUGCAUCCAGAGAAGUGGAGAGCUCGUGGAUUUGGAAGGAGAUCCGCACACUGUAUUUCAAGAAUUUCAAGGAGGUCUUCAAGAGAUGUUGUCGCGGAGUUUCCCUUGGAGCAAGAGCUGGAGGUUGCUGAUAUCGCAGAGUAGUCUUCUUAGAGUUUCCUGAUUGAACACUUGUAGUGUUUAAUCCUUUCAACUGUUCAAG